AUGGUAUCUCUUACUUUCCGCCGCGCCACACUGGACGACGCACCUCGCCUGCGCGACCUCAACGAGCACGCGUUUUCCACCAACGAUUCGCGGCCCAAUUGGACCGGCGACGCGGAGCUUGCCUCCAAGUACACCCUCUCGGUCGAGAGCAUCAAGAGAGGUCUCGCCAUGGAGGGCUGGGAGACAUUUGUCGCCGAGAACGAGGCCAGCGAAAUCAUUGCCUCUGUCAAUGUCGGCAAAAAGGGCGACGACACGGGCCGCAUUGCGACCCUCAUCGUGCAGGACGAGUACCAGCGCGGGGGCGUCGGCGGCCGCGUCCUGGCCUACGGCGAGGACUUUUGCAAGCGGGAAUGGGGCGUCAAGAAGCUGUCGCUGAAUGCGCUGUCGUCGCGCACGGCGCUGCUGGCGUGGUACAAGAGUCGUGGAUACCGCGAGACGGGGGAGACGAGCCCGUUUCCGCGCGAUGCGGGUGAAUUCGCUUCGAUCAAUAUUCCGGAGGACCUCUGCUUUAUCGAAAUGGACAAGGACGCCGGCGCCGCGGAGGAUGAUGGUGCGGUGAAGGGCAGAUAA